GCGUGGGCGGCGCUGCCACGUGGCUCAGGCUCUCAUCCGCCGCGACGCCCGCUGCAUUUCUAACACGCUUCAUACAAAAUGAAAAGGCGCUCGCACUCCACGUUUAGCGUAUCGUUACGGAAUGCUGUGGUGUAAAUUUAAACAAUUGGUUUGUGAUCAUCGGACAAAGUGGAUACAUGGAAUUGGGUUUCUGUGAGGUUGAUGUUGGGAGGGAGCGGCGUGACUCCAUGGACCCAUCACUUGAAGCUAUGCAUCCUCUUGAUCCGCCUCCGCCUGACGUACUUCUUGCAUUGUUAGCCAGAAAUAAAGCUCUUGAAGCUAGUAUUCCAAAGUGCGGGGGAUGUCAUGAGAUGAUAGUCGACCGGUAUGUGCUGAAAGUUUCCGACCGAACGUGGCACGCGGGCUGUUUGCGGUGCGUCGAGUGCCGAGCCAUGCUGUCUGGCAAGUGCUUCGCUAGGAACAACCAGCUCUACUGCACUGAGGACUUCUUCAAUCCCAGGCGCUUCGGCACGAAGUGUGCGGGCUGCGGGCAAGGCAUCCCGCCGACGCAGGUGGUGCGGAGAGCGCAGUCGCACGUUUAUCACCUCAGGUGCUUUGCGUGCGCCGCGUGCGCGAGGACCUUGAACACGGGAGACGAGUUCUACCUCAUGGAGGACGGCAAGCUCGUUUGUAAGCCUGACUAUGAAGCGGCGAGAGCGAAAGGUGAUUUGUCUGUCGCAGGUGAGGGCUCCUUAGACGGGGACGCCGCAAGCAAACGACCGCGAACCACGAUAACUGCCAAGCAGCUAGAAACACUCAAAAGCGCGUACAGCAGUAGUCCGAAGCCAGCGCGGCACGUGCGAGAGCAGCUGGCCCAGGAUACCGGCCUCGACAUGCGCGUCGUUCAAGUCUGGUUUCAGAAUAGGAGAGCAAAAGAGAAGCGACUGAAGAAGGACGCAGGCCGAACACGCUGGUCGCAAUAUUUCAGGUCCAUGAAAGGUGGAGGCAGCGGCUCGCCCAGACACGACCGACUUCUCGACAAAGACGAGCUGAAAAUUGAUUUGGAUUCCUUCAGCCAUCAUGAGCUAAGCAACGACAGCUACAGCACAGCGGCGCUCGGAGGCGAAGAAGGUUCGCCCGCAGGUGGCGCGGCGGGGACGCGGUUUGGAGCCACGCCGCCGUACCUGCGCGCGCACUCGCCGCCGCACGCACACUACCACUACCCGCCAGACCACCUCGUCUACACCAACAUUGGUCAAGCAAUGAGCGGCGCUGGACUUGCAGGAGCAGGCGGUGCAUCCGACAUGAGCAGCUCGUCUUCGCCGGCCGCGGGAGGGUACCCUGACUUUCCUCCUUCACCAGACUCUUGGUUAGGAGAGCCGCACCACUACUCCCCGCGAGGCUAUCCCUAGCGGCGGCCGCCUCCGGCGCACGCGCAGCCCGCGCCCCCGCCGCUCCCCGCACCCUGCCCCGCUCACGUGCUCGCCGUGCAGCCACUUGAACUCGUAGUGAAACGAGAGCUGUGAUUGAUAAACGAGUAACAUCAUCGUUUAUUACAAAAUACACAGACAGAAACACAAUAUUAUAUAAGUACAGUGUAAAUAGAACCUAAACUAAUCUAUUUUGAUCAAUUAAAAAUAUUUAUCUAAUAACAGUUAAAACGACCGGUCAGUGUGCUCUAACAUGGUCCAUUUGCAAACGAAAUUAAUGCAUAACUUUCCAAUUGUUAGGGAUAUUAUAGUUAUACUAUCAUGGCCGUGGGAGAUUUGAAUAUAAUUCCACUGGUGAUUACUGAUUCCGCCUUAUAUUCAUCUUUAACAGACAUCCUCAUGUUUUAACAGAGCGUUUAGAAAUAACUAAACUCUAUUGCAUUCCAUUCUCUAUUAGAGUACCAGCGUAGUGGCGGUAUUAGGGUGAAGACGCAAAUAGGAGAAGACUUUGAAUAUAAUUAUAUUAACAAAGCUUUGAAAUUUGUAAAUAUCUUACUAAAGUAAUUGAUUGCACAAGAUUGUAUCCAGGAUGCAAUGUAAGUAAUGUAUAAAGUUUUAAAAUUAAAAUAAUUUUGACUGUAAACCGAAAGAAUGAUUCGAUGAUCCAAGCAAAAGAUAUGUUAUGUUUUGAUGAUGAUACUUAAUGAUUGUAAUAAUUACAAAUAUUUUGAAUUAGACGUUACAUCAAAAUAUAUUAUUAUUAUUUGAAUGCUAUAUAAUAUUAUAUGUUUGUGUAAUCGUAAAUAUAAUAUUUCUGUACAUAAAAUGAAUGUAAUUAUUACUUAGAAUAGGUACUUCACGUAUAAAUAAGGCCAUAGUGAUAUCAUACUUUGUGCAAAAAAAAUCUAGUCGAGAUAUAAAUGGUAUAUUAAUAAUAACACUUAAUGCGGUAA